AUGGUUUGUGUUAUUUGCCUCGAAUCCUUGUUUAUUGCACAAGCACCUACCACUACAACCACUGGUAACGCUCGUGUUACUAGCACUAACUCCAACCAGCGACAAUCCAUAAAAGUGCGCCCUGCGGCGCUCACCUGCGGCCAUGCCUUCCACCAAAUCUGCGCCCAAACCUGGCUAUCAACCUCGCCCAAAUGCCCUAUCUGCCUCGAGCCACAAUACGGCCCACCACUGCCCCUAUUUUUUGAGAUCGAACAAGAUGACAUACAAUACGCCCAGCCAACCAGUGUUGAAAUCGCUCAGGCAAUAACUAACCGAAUAAAUGGACUUCACGUGAAUGAUACUCUAGAAGAAGCUGAAGACAUGGCUGAUAUCCAUUUAAAGGUUGCUGAGAAUAUCAGCAAAUUGACUUCUGAACUAAAAAUACAAGGAGAGGAACUAAAGGCAAAAUUAAAGCAGGUUGGCGAGUUGAAAAAGGGAUGUGGAAGACUGUAUGCAGCGUUGGCGAGGAAUGACGAGGCUAUCGGCGCGUUGAAGGAGAUAAUUUGCGAGAAGGAUGGAAUUAUUAAAAUGUAUGGAAAACGACCAGACACAUUGCGCAGUUAUUCUGCUGAUAGCAAAGAUAAAGGUGAUGUGUAG